CACACACACACACACAGGGAUCCUGCCUUUGCGGAAGCCAGAGCAGCCGAGGCGGCGCUAAAUGAAAUUAGCAUACUAACUGUUUAUCUGUGCGGAUGGACGGGUGAACGGAGCUUCCUGGAGAAAACUCUCGUCCUCUGCAGUGCACACACCGCCGGAGUCCGGGCUCAUUUUGUGGGGAUCUUGCUGCCGUCCGCCUGCCGAGGAGAUGGGGGACAAGGCGGGCACCAGAGUUUUUAAGAAGUCGAGCCCCAACUGUAAGGUGACAGUUUACCUGGGAAAGAGGGACUUUGUGGAUCACCUGGACCACGUGGACCCAGUAGAUGGAGUGAUCCUCGUCGACCCCGAGUAUCUGAAGGACAGGAAAGUCUUCGUCACUCUGACCUGUGCGUUUCGAUACGGCCGUGAGGACCUGGACGUGCUGGGUCUGUCUUUCAGGAAGGAUCUCUACAUCUCCACCUUCCAGGCCUUCCCUCCGGUCCCUGAGGAGAAGAAACCCAACAGUCGUCUGCAGGAGAGGCUGCUGAAGAAGCUCGGUCAGCAUGCACACCCGUUCUACUUCACUAUUCCUCAGAACCUCCCGUGUUCAGUCACUUUACAGCCCGGCCCAGAGGACACUGGGAAGGCCUGUGGUGUGGACUUUGAGAUCAGAGCUUUCUGUGCCAAGUCAAUAGAAGAGAAGAUUCACAAGAGGAACUCGGUGCGUCUGGUGAUCAGGAAGGUGCAGUACGCUCCGGAGAAGCCCGGUCCUCAGCCGAUGGUGGAGACGACCCGCAGCUUCCUGAUGUCUGACAGAUCCCUACACCUGGAGGCGUCCCUGGACAAAGAGCUGUACUACCACGGAGAGCCCAUCAGCGUCAACGUCCACGUCACCAACAACUCCACCAAGACCGUCAAGAGAGUCAAGAUCUCCGUGCGUCAGUAUGCAGACAUCUGCCUGUUCAGUACUGCCCAGUAUAAAUGUCCAGUGGCCCAGCUGGAGGCAGACGACCAGGUGUCGUCCAGCUCCACCUUCUGCAAGGUGUACACUCUGACCCCGACGCUCGACAAGAACCGAGAGAAGAGAGGACUCGCUCUGGACGGGAAACUCAAACACGAAGACACCAACCUGGCCUCCUCCACCAUUGUGAAGGACGUCACCAACAAGGAGGUUCUGGGGAUUCUGGUGUCCUACAGAGUCAAAGUGAAGCUGGUGGUCUCACGCGGAGGAGACGUGUCGGUGGAGCUGCCCUUCAUCUUAAUGCAUCCUAAACCUGUGGAGCCGCCGGUGUCCCGCCCACAGUCAGCUGUGCCAGAGAUGGACCCCCCCAUCGACACCAAUUUGAUAGAAUUCGACACAAACAGCAUCUCCCAGGACGACGACUUCGUGUUCGAGGACUUCGCCCGCCUGCGGCUCAAAGGCGUUGUAGACGACAAGGACGAGGACUGCUAGGAGCUCGCCAACCCUUCAUACGCUCGCUUCGAAACCACCACGCACACACACACACACACACACACACACACACACACACACACACACACUCUUCACGUUGCAUUCCCCGGUUGGAGGGAUGGAUGAGGGCGUGUUUGGACGGAGGCCUCGCGCAGGGGGGGGCGUCGGUGGUGUUCUUCCUCUUUAGCUUCAGCCAUUCGUCACGCCGCCGCCAUUUUCGCCGCCGUCUUCUCUGUUUCUCUCUUUCGCCCAAAGGCGGAAAAACCCAUAAAUGUCGAGCAGCUGCAGGACAGACGUCGGCGGGACGUCGGGUGUGGGCGGGGCUUGUGAACGCGUGAAGAAACGAUUGACAUUUUAAAAAAAGACGUAGGAAGCAGAAGCAGCGUUUGUCCUCUUUUACUUUGAAAUCUCGAGCGUUUCCGCGGCGACGAUCACGUCUUGUACAAACAGAAUAUAUAUUUGAAACAUAGAAAAACUAAUCUUCUACGAGCAGUCGAGGUUCAGUGGAGAUCCACACACACACACACACACACACACACACACAGUCUUAUACAGGCGACUGAAGUUCGAUUUCACCAGCAUCCACUCUCUGUCUGUCUGUCUCUCUGUCUGUCUCUCUCUCUCUGUCCACCGUUUUGUAAAACGUCGUCCCGUUCGCUCGCUUUCUGUUGAAGAACCGUUCCAGCGUUGAUGGAGUUUUUCUUUCAUUUUAAAGUUUGAUUCACUUUUUUUGCUUCAUGUUUUCAUGAAGAUCCAAAUAAAUCUUUAAAGGAAUAUUUAGUAAACUCACAACUUUUCAAUCAGAAGGAGAAAAAUAGAGAAUAUUUGGAGCAAAAUCUGACAUUUCGAGCAGAACAGUUCUUAAAAAACCACUCAGAAAUAUUUAGUUUGAUUUUAAAAUGUGACCUGUGAUCGGGUCCUAGCCGCAGCCGUCUGGUGUUGUUCUGUAUUUACAGCGUUUAACUCUUAGAAAGUCUUUAACUUUAAGAUUUAGAGCCUCUGUGGGGGAAAUAUUUGACAUUUUGAGGGGGAAAAAAUCACAACUUUAUAAAUUGUAACCUUAAAAAAAGUUGUAAUUUUACAAGAAAAACUAGAAGAGUCAGAUUUGAACAGAAGAUCUUUGUGUGUGUGUGUGAGUCUAACGCUGCCCUCUAGUGGCUUUUCUGACUAAUCCCAGUUCUAUUAAAUAUUACAUUCUUUAUUAAAAGGUAAAUAUUAUAAACACUGAGAUUAUUCCUCUGUACACCAACAGACGUUAAACAUUUAAUUUGUUGGCAGGAAGGAAAAUCUCCACCGGCUCCAUUAUCUGCACGUUCUCCGGUCAGGGAAGUUAAUGGAUCACCGAUAAGUUCUUCAUUGAUUUGCAUGUUUUCUUUGUGUGUGAAGGAAUUAAAGGAUCACUUGUGUUCACUGUGUUCAUGUUAACGUUGUCCACCAGCGACUUAAGAAGUCACCCGACCCGUCUUCGUCGACCCCUGAAACACGAGCGCGACUUCCGAUCGCGCUGGAAUCGUUCUUUAAACUUCAGACCCGAGUCGGCGAGUAAAAGUGGAUUUGUGUACGGAGCAGCACUGAGAUCAGUUCUGUAACAACCGAUGUUAAAGUCUGAGACUCGAUCCUGGUUUAAUCAUCAGCCUCUUAAAGGGAAACACUGCUGUUCUUUGUUUAUGAUCAUCUCUCUGUUUCCAAUUGACACCGAUUGACCCGAAAGCACUUUGAGCUCGUGUGUUCGUCCACUGCAUCCUGUUACUGUAACUGCAUUGUGCCUUCUACAUCUCACUGUUGCCAAUAACUCGAUCUCUUUUAAUUGUUUUUUUUAUUCUUAUUGUGGCUGAAAACUGAGAUGCAGUUUGUGACUGAAGGAAACCACUGAAAGUCGAUAAAAAAAGGGGGAAAAAGCCAAAUUAUAAUCAGUGUUAUUGUUAAUAAUCGGACUGUAAAUAUGUUUAUUGAUGAUUUCAAGUGCAGGAUUUUUCUCUAUUAAAUAAACUUUUGCACAAGUUUUACCGUCAACCAUCUGAUUUUAAAUAACAAAUAUUUAAAGACGAUUAUCAGGAUCAUUUUGUCCACUGAAGGUAAAAAAAACUAAUUUUAAACUUGUGACCCGUUAAACCGUCUCCAUGACAACCGAGCUACUCGAUCAAACCGUGAAGAAGAUCGUGAGACGUGUUCGAAAGCCUCGGAAACGAGUCUGGUUUUGGUUUGUCAAACUUAAUUCUUUGUUACAAAAUUACAAUUUAAGUGUCAAAUAACUUUCUGGAAAAUAAAAACGUCGUAAUGUUCCAUGAAUGUUUUCUUCAAAAGUUAUUUUACCAAACAAAAAGUCGUAGAAAUGUUCAUUUAAUCAACAAUGUGACUUUUUCUUUGGUAAAAUUAGAAUUUAAAUAUCGUAAUAUAACUUAAAGUUGUGACUUUUAAUUAUUAAACUUUUUUUUUUCUUUCAGAAAAAUUUCAAUUUUGUGAAAAAGUUACAUUUAAAGAGGAAAUUGACAUUUUUAUGACCUUGUUUGGUAAAAUUAUUUAAAUUUCAUAUAACUUUUAAAUUUUGUGUAACUUUUUCUGAUAUAAAUGUUUUUAUCUGGUAAUAUUUUGCCUUUUUGUCUUACAUUGUUAUAUAUUAACGUACCGUUUCAUCUCGCAGAUCAGAAUUUAUCCCAUAAAGGACUUUUUGUCUGUUUUAUUAUUGACUUUUAUUAAUAAUUCAAUAAUAAUUCAAUAAAUCCUGAAAUCUCAGACAUAUUUUCUUAUCGUCCGUCUUUAAGUUCGAUGACAAAUUACCAAAUGACACUGAACAUUAGUGCCAUGAACCUGUCCACAGCAGCCAAUGAGAGAUGUCAUAAAGAUAAACAAACAGCACCAGUGUUUCCCUUCAGCUCCACCACAUGAACCUCCUCCUCCUCCUCCUCCUCCUCGCCAUCCAUCCUUUAAAUCUCUCCAUUCAACCUCAGACGUGAUGUGAAGGACUCCAGCAGCUUCGGGGGUUUUAAUCUUUCUCUCCGUAUGUUCGAUCUUUAGAAUCAGAAGUUCUGAAAGUAGUUUGGGUUUUUUUUUUUUCCAAAACAUUCGCACGCUGUCGUCAGAUCUGUCUCUCCUUUUUUUUUUUUUUAAUAGUUUAGUGUUUUUAUUUCCCCUGAAAACAACCAACCGCACAGAUCAACAGAUCCACACAGACACAGGAGCACUGCACUUUCAUUGGACGAACCAACCCACAGAACUGCAGACGGUAUUGUUUUCAUUAUUCCAGGAGAUGAAGAAGAAGAAUGUUGAUUGUUUUUUUGAUGCUUGGCCAUUUUUUCAGUUUCGAAACAAAACAAAAAAACUGCCAAAUUUCCCGCCCCUUCCUCCUCCACUGAGUCACUGAAGCUGCGAGCGCCACCCAGAAGGGACGAAGAAGAAGCAAACGGAGCAUGUUUUUAGUUUUUGGAUUGAGUUUUAUUCUCCAAGCAGUGCUGUGAAUCGUACGAGCUGUGAUUCUGUCCUUUAUUUUGUCGUCGUGCAUAUGUGGGGUAAAACUUUGCUAAGUGUGAAAAUAUUUUGACAAGUGCCACGCCCCGGCCUGUGCGAUGCUUUAACCAUAAUGUCUAUAAACAGGAAGUGAUUUCUGCUGGUGGGACGAACACCAGAACAGAUAGUUAUGAUUAUUAUGCUUCUGAUUAUUAUUAUUAUUAUUAUUAUGAUGGUGACUUAUUAUUACUUCUACUGUAUCAUCAUUGCGACCAUGAUUAUUCUCAUAAUCAUUUAAGAGUAUUGUUUUGCCAUGUAUUUUUUUUAUUUUGAGAUUUUUAUUUUAGUUUUCUUUUUAUUAUUAAAGGCAAAAUGAACUAACA